ACGUGAAAAAACAUAACCAGGACAGGGUGUUCAUAAAAUGUAUAAAUACGGACACUGGAGCUACAUCAGUGGACAUUACAAUGGCAUCCUUAACAUGGAUAACACUGUUGUUUGCGACUCUACCCUCCAUCCUUUGCACGGAGACUUGCGACAACAAGUUCGAGUACGAGUUUGGCGUGCUUCAGAAGCUCGAAAUGCUUGAGAAGGAAAAGACUCACUUGGCGACCGAACUAAACGUGCAAGCGUAUACCAACAGGGCGCUUGCAGACCAAGUUAGUGCUCUCACAAGACAAGUGACAGAGUUCAUUAAUAACACACUAAAUGGAUUGUUGAAUCGGGGUUUCCAAAAUACUUCUCUGUCGAAUGGAAGCACAUACAUUCGAUGGGGACGGACGUCCUGUCCUUCUAGCCGCCAGAUGGUUUACGAAGGAUAUGCAGGAGGAUCACACUAUCAACACACUGGUGGAGGCGCGAAUUAUUUGUGCCUUCCGAAAGAUCCAAUGCAUGGUGAACAGGCUUCGCUUGGUCACUCAUACGUCUAUGGGGCAGAAUACGAAACAGGUUCAACUGUUUUCAACAAUAUUUAUGAACACGAUGUUCCAUGUGCAGUAUGCCUGUCUUCAAGCACGAGUCUGCUGAUGAUUCCCGCUCGGACCGAAUGCUAUAAUGGAUGGACGAAAGAGUAUUCUGGUUACUUGAUGUCAGAUAAAUACAGCCACCCACGACGCGAGUACGUUUGCAUGGAUGGGAAUCCAGAAGCGACCGGUAGUUCUAACAAUGAUAACGGUGCUCUGUUCUUUUUUGUCGAUGCAAAGUGUGGCUCCUUACCCUGUCCUCCAUACGUUAAUGGCAGUACGCUGACCUGUGUCAUGUGCUCAUACUCAACUAACAAUUAAGUGCCCGUUAAAUGUCAAUGGCGUAAAAGAGUUGUAUCAUAUUUUUGUAUAUGAACUAAGCUACAUUUUAGUCCUAACCUGUGUAAACAAGAGUUUAUUUGUUUUCAUUACAAAACAUAACAUUUUUAAAUAUGUCAGGCAUAUUGGCAGUAGACUGUUACAUACCAUGUCUUAAUCAUGAUUGUUUCUGUUAAGUUUUAUUGAAGUGUUUUGGCCUGUACUUCAAUUAAAAUCAGCAAGUUCAACUUUGCAUAAAAUUGUAAUUUGUUUUUACAUUAAAAAUGAUUACGUUUUGUCUAUCUAUUAUACAAAGUGUUUGUUUAGUAGUUAGCAGCUUCGUAUAUGUAAUGAUUUAUAUGGAUAGGUAUCCUUUGACGACCUGAUAAAUACUGAUAUUCACGCAUUACUUUACAUUUUUAGUUAUAACUAUUGGUAUUAUUGCAUUCUGUUUAAAAUGUGAUAUGUUUACGCAAGGUGUUCAGCUUUUAAAUUUGGUUUUAAAUAUUCAUGAUUGUGAUCAAAUUCUUUAAAGCUUAUUUCUACUGCUUUGAUUGGUACGGAGAAAAGCAAGUUCGUUAUUGUCACAUCCUUGGCAUCUCUUUCUUCGACAUUGUUGGUGAAGGCCUUGGUGUCAUGCUUAAUCAAAAUGUUUUCAAUGCCAUUCAUGUUAAUUUGAAACACCGUUCAGUAUUUCCGACCACAAUUUCGUACUCAUGUUAACACUGACGAUGAACGUAAACGUCACACAAACCAUAACACUAAUAGAAGUUAUUCAAUUUUGGAUUCUUUGUACGCAUUUUUGCUAGAUUGCGUUCUAUUGAAGUUUAAGUAUUUACGUCUUACUUUGUAUUGGUGCUUUGUCUUGUGGAAAUAAAAGUUUAACCAAA